AUGGCGAAUCUAACAUCUGACUCAGUGUCCGAUUCAUCUCAACCGACUGAUCAGUAUAACAAUCCUUAUUUUCUUCAUGGCACUGAUCACGCUGGGUUAGUCUUGGUUUCUGAUCGAUUGACAACAGGUGCUGAGUUUCAUUCAUGGCGACGAUCCAUGCGAAUGGCACUUAAUGUCAGGAAUAAGCUAGGAUUCAUCGACGGUACGAUCUCUAAACCAUCUCCUGAUCACCGUGAUUUUGGAUCUUGGUCUCGAUGCAAUGAUAUGGUAUCUACUUGGUUGAUGAACUCUGUAUCGAAGAAGAUAGGUCAGAGUCUUUUGUUUAUCCCAACCGCAGAAGGUAUAUGGCAAGAUAUUAUAUCUAGGUUCAAACGGGAUGAUGCUCCGAGGGUUUAUGAGAUUGAGCAGAAGCUUAGCUCUAUUCAACAGGGAGCGAUGGAUGUAACUACUUAUUACACUGAGCUAGUGACUCUUUGGGAAGAGCUCAAGAAUUAUGUUGAACUCCCUGUUUGUACCUGUGGCAAAUGUGAAUGUAGUGCAGCAGUCUUAUGGGAAAAAUUGCAACAGAGAAGUCGAGUAACUAAGUUCUUGAUGGGUUUGAAUGACUCUUAUGAAGCUACUCGCAGGCACAUUUUAAUGAUCUCACCGAUGCCUUCUAUUAAGCAAGCUUUCCACAUGGUGACACAAGAUGAGAGGCAGAAGAAUAUUGUUAAACCAUCUCGUUCUGAGGGCAUUGUGUUUCAAGCCUCUGGUCCAUCUCCUGCUCUUUUAUCUGAUCCAUCUUCUUAUGCGAAUCCAGUGGAGAAUGUUGCCUAUGCCGUUCAAAACUCAUAUCGUCCAAGACAGGCACGUCCUAUAUGCACGCAUUGUGGAAUGACAGGACACAUUGUUCAGAAAUGCUUUAAGCUUCAUGGUUAUCCACCUGGCUACAUCCCUGGUUUUAAGAGCAUCUCCUCUGGUUUUCAUGCUCAGCGAGUGAACAAUCCACAGGUUCUUCCGCCUAAAGGUCAGCAUCAGAGUCAGCAUACUCCAAGGACACAUGCUGUGGCAAAUGUUACUUAG